GGCCGACAGAGUGAUGCAAGCACUCGUCUUCAAAACAGUUCCUGGUUUGUUUCAAACAGAGAUGAGAAGACGAAUCGAAUUUUAUCAAGGUCACCCGCACGCUGACUAUGAGCAGGACGUGGAGGACUUCCAGCAUUAUGUCUUCAGCCCAGACGACUCCGUCAGCCUCUCCAUACGUUACUACAACUUCAGAGAAGAGGAAGGGGAGAGUGGGUCAGCGGGCAGCGUUGUAAGAUACUUCCGGUGCCCCGCUACAGUGCCAGUUGGUGUUCUCAAGACACUCGUCAAGACGAAGUACCGCGUACCUGACACCCUCAGGGUGGAGCUGUUGUAUGGAGACGACAGACUACUAGACAUCUGGACCUUGAUGGAGGUAGCCUACAUCUACAUGUGGAAGAGGGAGUCGCCAAUGGAGCUGAGCUUCCAGGUUGUUGCAACAAGGAAAGUGAAGAAACGACGGCAGCAGCCAGCCUCUGACACGACAGAGGAAGACUCGCAUCACAUACAAGAAAAUCCAGAGGCUAGCACGACAGUGGAAGAGUGUUUGGAACCUCCUGAUAAGAUGGCCCGGAUCGAAACUGCCUGCGAGGAUACUACUCUCGUGAUCCCAGGAGACCAACCACCCCUGGAUACCCACCCACCCACCCCGCCCGAGACGCCAGAAGGUGGACGAGGGCGAGAGGGAGAACAGUUUCAAACUGAAGACCAUUCUGUUACUGAGCUGGAGACUCAUCACCAUGAUGAGGAAGGCGGCGACCUACAGAGGGAUAACCAGGUGGAAGAUAGUCUAGAAGAGCAACAACAACAAGCGACCCAUGUUUUGGAGGAUGCAAACGAAGAGAGAAAUGUCUUAGAAGACGAGACACAUGAAGAGAGAAACGCUGUAGAGGAAGAGACACAGGAAGAGAGAAACAUUAUGGAGGACGAAGCACAAGAUGAGAGAAACGUAAUGGAGGAAGAGAGAGACGUUUUGGAAGAUAGAAACAUUUUGGAGGCGCAUGAAGAGAGAAACGUUCUGGAGGAGGAAGAGGCACAGGUAGAACUGCAAGAGACGCAGGAGGAAGUGCGAGAUGAAGAAAUUCCCGAAGUACUUGACGAAGAUGAGCCAAUAGAUAAAGAAGUGGAAGAUGUACGAGACGACCAACACAUGGAGGCAGCUGAGGAUUUUGAUGCAUCAAAAGAAUCGAAUGAUCUAGUCGUUGACCAUGACUCGGAAACACCACUCGAAGUCGACACCAGUCACGAGACAGAGCCCGAGGCAGACGGGGAACCUGAUGUGGAUACUGUUGAACCUGAGGGUGAGAACUCUGGCAAUAUAGGUAUUGAGGGGGAAACAGACACGGGGAAAGAUUGUGGAGAUGACGAACAGGAAGAUAGUGCCAUCGAUGUGACAGAAACGAGUGCCAGUGAGCCAAUGGACAGUGACGACAAGGACACUGACCUCAACGUCAGUACCGAGUCUACAGAGCUGGAACCUGAGGAAACUAUAGAGCGUUCAUCUACCAGCAAGCAAGUUCAAACUGAUGAAGGACCUAUUAAUCUCUCUUAUGGGUACAAAUGUGACAAGAAGAUGUUUCGCAAAGAUUGUUAUGUUUUCACUGACAAUGAAGAAGAUGAAGACGAUAGUGGAGAACAGGAAGAAGAAAGAGAUGAAGUGGGAGCCCUCGAUCUCUCCCGCCAUGCCCGCAGUGUUAGAGAGGCACGAACACAGCGGGAAAGUCUGGACUCACCGCCAAACAGCACGUCUCACGGGAUAGCGACAGACAAAUCUGGGAACCGCACAGCGCGUGGACAAGGAACUCAAACUAUUCUUUCAAUUACCCAGAGUAAAAAAUCUAAAAAGCUCAAACAACAGUCAUCCAGUGCCACAGUUUCACCAACAGCCACUGCACAAGCGACAACGAACGUGGCGCCCAUCAGCAGACCGCCCAUUCCUCUGGACUGGGCUCGUUCCUCCCUGGUUCCUGCGCCAGUUACCCCGCAAGCCGUUGCCUUUAGUGACCUCAUGACCCUAUCCCACGCAGCAGUGCAGUUGCAGUUGGCCAUGGCGCAUGCGCAGGCUCAAGCUCAGGCACAGGCACAAGCUCAAGCUCAGGCACAAGCAGAAGCUCAAGCAAGAGCUCAAGCGCAGGUGCUCAAAACUCUCAAGGUCAGCGAGUCUCUCAGCUUCGUAAAUGGUUCUGGAGAUACACUCACUAUAAGUCCCAUCACAACAGCCAUGGAAGGAAAAUCUAGCAAAAGUACUAAUUCAAAAACUGCUAGUAAGUCUCACCACAGUACAAAGGCAGUUAAUGGUAACUCAUUCAGUAAAAACUUUAACAACAAAUCUCACAACAGUCACAAAUCUUCAAGUAGCAUCGUAAGCAGUAAAAGCAGCAGCAAUAAUCAUGGCAGCAUCAGAACAACAAUUCCAAAAUCUGCCUCAGCAGCCUCCCUAAAAAUACCAACAGUAUCCAUCAGUUCCAAAACCAAUGGUACGACUUGUCCGGCAAACACAAAGUCAGACAAAGAUCACACAGAGAGAACAGGGGAUCCAGUCUUCAAAAUAACUAACCAAAAGUUGGCGGAAUUUGUCAGACGGCAGCACCAGCAGCAAAAAUUAAAACAAAAUCAUUUUAAGUCUAGCACUAGCGUCGUCACUACUUCCACUAACAGCAUUACCGUGUCCAACAGCAGUUCUACCACCACAAAAGCACCUCACCUCAUGAAUUCCAAUUACAAAGUAACUGCGAAUUCUACUGUAACAAGUCUCAGCACCUCGUCUGUGAGAAGUUCUACAAGUUCGAGUCAGAGUAUCAGAGCGACCAACACUAGUGUACGUCAGAUCCCUAACCCGUCACUUCUACGGCAACAGUCAGAGUCAAGGAUAACCAGUGGUCUUACAGGUCUCGGUCUUAACGCAAGAAAACCAUCAGAGUCCAUCAGCAGAAUCGAGAGCCUGACCAGAUCACUGCACGAGAAAGUAGCGGCCUCGUCCAUGGCAGCCACUAUAAAUUCUACUGCAAGAUAAAUGUGUAAACAAUGAAACUUAACACCACAGUAGUUCUGAAAGUCCGUAGCCGUCACAUAAACACAAACUAGGCCUUGAAGAAUGUGCUCGGUUGCUGGCAUUAGCAUAGCAACUAUAUACAUAGUGAAAGAACUGUAACAAAAGUGCUGACUUGUUAAUUAUUUUAAAAUUAUAUGGAUACAAAAAGGCAUGGUAGUUUAAGCCUACACAAAACAAUUUGACUGAGGAACAUUUACAUGUAGAGAAAAUGGUGCUAGAAAUGCGACCUCGUUACGAAAAGUUAUCCUUCUGUACAAAUUGGUAGUAUUGUAUAUAUAUGACUGAAGCUGCCACUGUUCAAAAAGUAGUAUUAGCCGAAAGAUAACGAAACAAACAGUAAUAUAUGAGAGGAUAUUCAAUUGCAUAGUGUGGCGUUGAGUGUAGUCAGUGAAGCCGUAGUGAGAAAGGCGGCUCACUGAUGGUGGUGCUGAACUCGUUAAAACCUAGAUUCCACCACCGAACUUCACUUAUCCUACAUAAGUGUGGCCAUCACGCGCUAGUGCUCCUCUACACGCCGGCAGUAUGGCCACAACAGUGCUAGUACUCUUGCACACAACAGACGAGUGUGGCUAAAACAGCACUGGUGCUUUACACACCAAUAGACAUUGUGGUUAAAACAGCGAUAGCACUUUACAUAUUAGUAGAGUGGUCAAAAAAGUGCUAGUACUCAUGUGAGAAACAUUGACCGCUAAUAAAAAUGAUCUAGUUAGGCUCGCCAGGAAUGACCUGAACAUACAAAAUUUGUGUUCCACAGAUAACUUGUUUAUUCUUAAUAUAUUAGAUCUGAUAUCUGUGGGUCUGAUCCACAUUACAAAAGAGUGAUAUAGUAUUUAGAUGUAGGAAUUUAAGGAUAAAUUUCGGCUUAAAAUCUGGCUUUAAAUCGAGUUUUGGGUAGUAACGUGCAACCCUGCACCAUGAAGAUGCCUCAGUUUUCCUUCGCCUUGUUUUGGUUCCUACAGAUUUACUUAUGCUGUACGUUCCUUUUACAUUCAGUUUAGUCACAAUAUAUUAAAAUAUUUGAAAAAAAGGUGAUAUCAUGUAUAAAGUCUUGCCACUGGAAUAUAUAUUAAGAAGAUAAAGUUUUGGGCGACUGACUUAUAAAUUCAUUCUUAGUUGGAUAUUUAUGUUCUUAUAUACGGGUUGGUUCCUACAACCCUGAUGACCAAAGAGCUUCGCCGAUACUGCUUUUCCCCUAUAUAAAACUUUUUUUAAACCUGUGUACAUAAUUGUGAUAUAUCGAGUAGUGUAGAAGUGUUUACCAAGCUGUGUGUCACAUGUAAUCACAACUGUGUUUACAUCUUUCAGAGUACAUGUACUACUAGCACAUUGUUACAUCUUGCAAGACAAAUCCCAUCCAUUCUAUAUAUUGAGUCCAGUACAUGUACCUCUCUCUUGAUAUUUUCUCUCCCCCAUCUAUAAAAAGUAUAUAUUGAUAUGUCUAUUUUAUCGCCGCCACCUUAGUUCCUUUGCUAAACAUCUAGUUAGGGAACUUCCAACAUUGUUUUAGUAGAUAUUAGUUCUUGAAGGUACUAGGUGGCGGAUCUCUUGUUGAGUAAGUGUUACAUGCUGAGCGGAGAGAGGACCAGUGCUCGGGAACUUACCUCACACUCAGACCGACACUUAUUAAUCAUACUAUAGAAUAGAUACCGAAGGCAGGACACCACGAACUUAGCUCUGCUCCUGUAGAUACACAUAGAUAAUUCAAAACGCUCACAUUCACAGACACCAACCUCUUGUUAUAACCCUGUGCUUGAAGUCUGAACUAGUGGAUAGCUAAAUUUACGUAGCAGAUUUAUUGUUAGAUAUAUUUCCACCCCCAGUUGAAAAAAAAUUAAUUGUUGAUUAAUAAUCUCAUACACAAGACUAAAAUUUAAUUUAUUUAUUUCAAACAUACAAACACAAAAAUUGCAUUUUAUUCUCAUUUCUAAUGUCAGAUAUAUAUUCGUAACCUCAUAAUAUUCCAUUAUAAAUGAACACUGUUCUCCACUACAAGUCUACUCGUAUAGACAUAAGCUUCCACAGACUACACCCACUUCUUGAAUAAAACCAGUCUGACCAUGAUGGGCACUCAUCAUACCAAGUCCAUCAUUGUGAAAUUAUAUAUGAGGUGGGUGUGAUGUGGUCGUGCUCCUACACGAUGCACAGGUUGCUACUGAAGGCUCAUGAAGGAUCUUAUAAUGUAUAGUGGUAACCCACAAGUAAAGUGGCAACCACUUUUACCCUGAAAGUGUGUAUCGCUUGGUGUAUAUACACUGAGGGUUUCAUUUAAUCCCUAAUUUAGAGAUUAAACUGUUCUUGAUAGGUGAUGUACAGGUGAACUGCAGGCUUAAUGACCCUUGUGCUGUCGAUAGGUUUUAAACCUGACACACCAAGUACUUUUCACCCAUUAUUUUUUUUUUUAUAUUUUAACUUUUCACCCAUUAUUAUAUUCAUACGCAAGCGCUAAGCCCGUCAGGGGUCAUACACGCCUGUGCAAUGUGAGGUAACUCGGUUUGAUCCAAGGAAGAGGGUAACUCCAGUUCCCUGAAUCAGUUUUACCUUCCAAUAUCUUACGAGUGUUAAUACUGUGUCCUCUCGUCGCUAAUUCUUUCUCCUUCAGUUAAUUGUUUUUCCUUCACACUUCUUACAGUGGUAUUGUUUUCUGGGUUAUACUAUGUUCCUGAGAAAUAAUUUUGCUUUACAGCUGUAAAUUAUCACUGCACAUUAUUGUUGUAUCCAAUAGGAUAAUUUUAUUAUUUAUGUAACUCUUGAGUGCCAUGAAAUUAUUGUUUUGAAUAUAUGUCAGAAUGUC